CUAAGAAAAACGGCAAACACUACAUCGCACCUUCUCCAAGACUCGUUUACAAGAUCACCAUAUCUCAGUUGCUCAGAUAAAGACCAGACCUUCAAGAUGCCUGCCGUCAUUGAGCACUCAGUCACCACGGAGGUCCCUGGACCCAUCUCCAAGGCUAGCGCCAAGAAGCUCGACACCUUCUUCGACGCCCGCGCCAUCCACUUCGUCGUCGACUACGACAAGAGCUCCGGAAACUACAUCGUCGACGUUGACGGCAACAAGUACCUCGAUGUCUACUCCCAGAUCGCCUCCAUCCCGGUAGGCUACAACAACCCCACCCUCAUCGCGGCCGCCAAGUCCCCCGAGAUGAUCUCCGCCCUCGUCAACAGACCCGCCAUCGGCAACUUCCCCUCGGGCGCCUGGCACGACCUCCUCCAAGACGGCCUCAUGAAGGCCGCCCCCGAGGGCCUCAACCACAUCUUCACCGCCCAGUCUGGCUCCGAGGCCAACGAGCUGGCCUACAAGGCCGCCUUCAUGCUCUACCGCCGCCGCGAGCGCGGCGAGGCCGAGUGGUCCCACGAGGAGAUCCACUCGUGCCUGCACAACACCACGCCCGGUUCCCCCGAGCUGGCCAUCAUGAGCUUCAAGAACUCGUUCCACGGCCGCGGGUUCGGCAGUCUGUCCACCACGCGCAGCAAGGCCGUGCACAAGCUCGAUAUCCCGUCCUUCAACUGGCCUCAGGCUUCUUUCCCCGCGCUCAAGUACCCCCUGGACAAGUACGCGGCCGAGAACGAGGCCGAGGAGAAGCGCUGCCUGAAGGGGGUGGAGGAGCUGAUUCAGAGCUGGCACUGCCCUGUUGCUGCUGUUAUUGUUGAGCCUAUCCAGUCCGAGGGCGGUGACAACCACGCUUCCCCCGCCUUCUUCCAGGGUCUGCGCGACAUUACGCAGAAGCAUGCUGUUGUCAUGAUUGUUGAUGAGGUCCAGACUGGCUUCGGUGCCACUGGCAAGUUCUGGGGCCACGCUCACUGGAACCUGACCUCCCCUCCCGAUAUCGUCACCUUCUCCAAGAAGGCCCAGACUGCCGGCUACUACUUUGGCGACCGCAUGCUGGUCCCCGACAAGGCCUACCGCCAGUUCAACACCUGGAUGGGUGAUGCCGCCCGCGUCAUCGUCUGUAAGGCAGUCAUUGACGAGAUCCGCGAGAAGAAGCUCGUGGAGCAAACCGCUCGCGUUGGUGAAGUCCUCUACGCCGAGAUGGAGAAGCUCGCCCAAAAGUACCCCGACCACGUCAUGAACCUUCGCGGCAAGGGCCAGGGAACCUACGUCGCCUUCGACACCCAGAGCGCGGCGGCCGUCACGGGCAUGAUGAAGCGCCUUGGCGUCAACAUUGGUGCUUGCGGCAAGGAGACCAUCCGUCUCCGCCCCAUGCUCAUCUUCGAGGAGGCACAUGUUCCCAUUUUGAUCUCUGCAUUUGAGAAGACCUUUUCUUCAUUGUAAACAACAUUAUCACGAAAGCAUGGCAUGGACGGGAAAACAAAAAAUUGGCGGAUUAGCAUAGCAUGGAUUUACAGCUCCGACGGUAGACCCAAGGUGGGGAUCACAGUAUAGGAAGCUUCUCUUAUUGAUACCAUAAUGACAGAGCCAUUGACGGCCUUGAAAACUU